UAUCAGUUUCAUCCGAAGCCACAACAGCAAACAUGAACGCUAAGGUCCUUUUCUUCCUUGGUCUGGCAGCCAUUGUCGCCGCAGACAGCCGGGAAUCCUUCGAGUCCUUCGAGUCAGGUGAAGCCAAGUACGACUUCAACUGGGCCGUCAACCAUGACGACUCCGGCAACGACUUCGGCCACCAGGAGGCCCGUGACGGCGACCACACACAGGGAUCCUACUACGUGCAGCUCCCCGACGGCCGCCUGCAGACCGUCAAGUACUUCGUGGACGGCGACUCCGGCUACGUGGCUGAGGUCAACUACGAGGGCGAGGCUCGUUAUCCUGACUCCUACGAGUCCAAUGAAUCAAAAUAAAAUUUUAUAAUAGCUUUUCGCCUAAUGUAAUAUUGCAGUUGAAAGAGAAUCCAUAACUAAUCACUGGCGUGUUUAUUACAAUAAAUCCAUUAUUAAGU